AUGAAGUUGAUUAUGGUUCUCGCCGCUCUUGUCGCAACUGCGAUAGCAUAUCCUGCCCCUGAGCCAGAACCGCAAGAGAGCUGUCCUGCAGAUAAAGUCUUCAAUAGUUGUGGUACGGCCUGCCCAUUGACGUGUCGCAACUUUGAGAACCCCCCAGAAGUCUGUGCUAUGACCUGUGUUCCCGGAUGCGCCUGCCCGGACGAUUUUGUCCUUAAUGAGGCGGGUGAUUCCUGUGUGGUCGAGGAAGACUGCCCAAAACCCGAACCUAUAGAUGGAACAGGAGAUGUUUAA